AUGGUAACAAUGGAACUUUUAUUGAUUGCAUUAAAUAAUUUACCGGAUGAAAUUCUUUUGAUAAUUUUUACAAAAUUAAUGAAUAUUUCAAUACUGUAUUCUUUAAUAGGUCUUAAUAAACGACUCAACACAAUUGUACGUGAUCCAAUUUUUACCAGUAAUUUAACCUUGAUGAGACAUUUGUCAGAUGAUUCCAUGUGUCCUUUACCUGAUUCAAUGCUUGAUCGAUUUUGCUCACAAAUUUUACUUGAAAUUCAUUGUCAAAUCAAAUGGCUUGAUCUUGAAUCAUCAACUAUGGAACGUAUACUUUGUGCUACAAAUUAUUCGAAUUUAUAUGGACUCGGUUUAUUUGACAUAGACUUAGGCACAGCUCAAUCUCUCUUUGUUGAUGCAUCUUCAUUAAUUCAUACAUAUAAAAAUCAAAUAACAUCAUUUAUUAUCGAUAUAAAUAACAAUAAGGAGCAACUAUCAAUAAAAAAUGUCAAUAUAUUUGUAUUUACACAUAUUUUUAUAACAUACACCAAUUUACAAUAUUUAAACUUCGGUUCAACUUCAAGUUACAAUCAAUAUUUAAUAUUUCCGAAUUCAUCUCCAACUUUUAUCUCCUCAAAUCUCUUAGAAUUGCAUGUCACUUUUGGAAAUUUCAUCGACGGUCUUUAUAUACUUGAUGGACGUUUCAAUCAACUAUGUACAUUUCAUGUUAAUAUUCAUCGCAUUUCCAUUUUCGGUCGAGAACUUAAUAACAAGGAAAAACUACCUAAUUUAAAAUGUUUUGUGCUACACUCUUAUACUCUUACAGGUGCUUAUAAUGAAUUAAUUAUACCACUGCUAUGUCGGAUGUCUAAUUUAGAAAAACUUGUUUUAAAUCUUUCUCUUUCUGUGAAAAAGGCAUUUGUUGAUGGAAAUGAUUUGAAAAAAAAUAUUAUUAAUCAUAUGUUACGAUUAGACAAAUUUACAUUUAAUAAUCGCUCGGUUCUUUAUCUUCAUAACGAAAUUAAUUUACCAUGUAAUGCAGAUAUACAAAAUACAUUUUGUGAUUUUAAAAAUAACCAUAUCAUUUCUUGCGUCGAUUAUUUCGAGGAAAAACAAAGUAGUCAAUGUCUUAUUUAUUCAUAUCCAUAG